GGUGUUCCGCCUUUUGAUUUAGUGGGGUUUCUGGGGGGGUGGUUUUUUAGCUAUUAAGAUUUCUGUUCUUCUUACGAUUUUCCUUUUUGGCCAUUGAAGAGAAAGAAAGCAUGGCGAGUGACGGAGGGGGAGAAGACCUUUUGGACUGGUUGAGUGCUAUAGAGUUCCCGUCACUUGAUCAGCUCCUUUCAGAGGAGGGUUUUCCGAUGGCUGAACCUUCGGAUGAUGGUGUUUCUGGGGCGCAAGAUAACAAUGCACAGACCGCCGAUCAGCAGCGUACUCAAACAGCAGUUGCGACACCACACGCACAGGGCGAUCCCGAUAGAACUCUCGAGUCUUUGAGCGCACUCAACUUAAAAUGUGAGAAGACAAUUUUUAUGCUCAAGAAAGCUGAAGCCGUAUGUUGUGAGGGACGAGUCGAUCGUCAAACAUGGAAAGCACUCGGGUCUCAAAUGUUCAAGGCCAAAAGCGAACCGUUUAGCGUCCUCAGGAUCGGUAGAUACGAGAUACGACCUCGAUACUCGUCUCAUUUGAUAGCAAAGUGGUACUACACGAAGAAACGGUUAAACUGGGAGAUACUUGAAAACGGUCUGAAGAAGAAGAUUGAAAUAAGCUGGCCAGAUAUUUCGGCGAUGAGAGUUGAAUAUGGUGACGAUGUGGAAAUUCUAGAAAUCGAGGUGUCACACUUAACCUUACAUUAUGUUUCUGCCAAAUUUCUUUUCCAUGAUUGGAUUCAACGAUAG